GCUUUCUCAGAGAAUCCUCAAGCAGAAGAUGCCAACAGCGCAGGCGGCUUUGGAGCUUUGCUACGCGCUGCACUCCUUUUCAAGGGUGGCAAAGCUGCUGCCAUCAGUGGAGGCGGUGCCAGCGCUCUACGAGAAGGCGAUCGCGCAGAGCGCCUGGGCUGCUAUGACACAGUCGUGCUGGAGGGCGCACGUGGAGCGGAGGGUCUUGGGCAGUCUUAAAAGGGCGCGGCUUCUUCGCCGGGCGGCAAUUUGCAUUCAACGCUGCUGGCGGUGGAACCUACUCAAACGUCGCAUUGAACUCCUGGCAGGUGCCGUGCAAGUGGCUCACUCUAUUCAAUGCUCCACGCUGUACAUCGAGGAGCGGCUUCUCCACAGUCUGAACACCAUCGCAGCCAUUGACCGCUAUCCGCGACUUCCGGAGAGUCAGAUUUGGCCGUGGGAUAUGCCGAGGCCCCGGUUCUGCUGUCUCCAAGCCCCAGCAGCAGCCAACGUCGGAGCCAGGCUCUGUAUUGCUUGCGCGCGUAUGGAAGGGAAGGCUUGCCCAGGUGGUUCACUCAAGAGGUGCAGCUCGAGCAAGUGCAGCCAGAAGAGGUCUCUCUCCGGGCGUUGCGUGGGCUGCAGGGGCUGCUCCUGGAGGGCUUGGGUCCAGAGGCCUUCAGCACCUUUGAGGACAAGUCCAUCGAGGUGGCAUCGCCCUUUCUUCAAAACCUGGCACGAACAAGUGCGAGCGGUAUAG